AAGUGGAGGGCUGCGAGCGGCGCGUUCCGGGGCGCUCGGAAGGAGGAUGGUUUUCCGGCGGCUGCUGGCGGCCCUGCUGCACAACCCGCAGCUGGUGGAGCGGCUCUCCGAGUCGCGGCCCAUCCGGCGCGCGGCGCAGCUCACCGCCUUCGCGCUGCUCCAGGCGCAGAUGCGCGGCCCGGACGCCGCCCGCCGCCUGCGCGCCCUCGCCGGCCGGCCCGCGGGCUCCCUGGCCCACCGCCUCGCGCGUUUCCGGGACACCUUCACGCAGGAACUGCGCCGCGGACGCCAGGAGCGCUCCGCGCCGCCGCCCGGGCGCCAGAAGGGCUCGGGCGCCAAUCUUUAAGCACGGAGGAAGCCGGGGUCCGGCCGAGGUCACCUACUGUCCCUUCGGUGUGCCAGACAUCGACCUUGGCGUUCAUGAGUCAUCCGGGGCACUGCGCACGGCUUCGAAUCUUGACUGACCUUGUCGGCUGCAGACAUCCGACUCCUAAGAGCUCAAGGUCAGGCAUCCUCGUGGCGGGCCUAUGACCGAGCCAGAGCACAGUGUGGAGAAAGACCCCGAAGCCCGAAGGAUAAAGAGACACUGGACCCGACCCCAGACGCCUGCCUUCUGCAAGCGGCCCCGCAGUUCUUGAUGACUGCUGCUGUAAUGUGCGCUGCCGCAGCGGGUACUGACUCCAGGGAAUGUGGUGCGUUGGAAAGACGACCCGCAGCUGCCAAAUUCUCUGAAUAAAUAAUAAAUGCGUGAGCUGA